AUGUGGCAAUACACUCAGGGUCUUAACCCACUGCAAGAGCUUGACGGUGACUAUUCAUCUUCCAAUCAUCUGGGCCCACCCUCUGCGGACGCAGAGCGUCUGUUGGUCAGACUGAUGGUCGGUUACGGCAGUCUCCGAGGCAAUGCAAUCUUGUCCUCGGCUUGGAAAGUCUCCGAACCGCUAGCUCAGAUCCUCUGCGGCGCUGCCCUGCAGGGAAAGCCGCCAGCCCAUUCUCAGGGGCGCGAGUGGAAGAAUCACACUGCAGCAGAGCCGGUGGCCCCGGUUAUCCUCCUAGAUCCGGACAGCGGCUUCCGAAGUGACAGCCACGUGGACUGCGGGGGACUAGAAUGUUGGCAUGGGGGGCGGGGCUGGAAGGGCGCCCGAGAGGUGAAGAAGGACCCGCGUACGCAUGCUCGGGCGCCGGCUGCCAGGCGACGCCACCGGGAGCGA